CUGACACGUUCUUUCUCACUCAUUGUCUUACUGACUUUCAAUUGAGAGGCACUGAUGAGAGCUUUAAUAAUCCUGAGUGAUGACCACAAUUAUCCUGAAAUUUAUCCUUUUGACAGAGUGCUUUGGCUACGUAGCAAAUGGUACCAAUGAAUUAACAGUCAGCCAGACACCAUCAGAAAUUAAGGUAUCCAUUGGAAUGUCAGCUGAAAUUACCUGUUCCUGGAAAAACGAUGAGAUGGUUGAGCGGUUUAGAGUAGUCUGGAAAAUACAACAUCUCACCUUUAAAGAGGGCACCAGCAGAGAGCUAUCAACAACACUUUGCUACACAGCCAAUGCCACACACAAGGAUAAGACAGUGUUAAAGAUCGAAGUUGUGAAAAGAAAUGACACUGGAACUUACUUCUGUGAGAUAAUUACCGAAAUACCUUUCAUGAAAAAAGGGCUGGGAAAUGGAACAACUCUGACUGUUGAAGAGCAAGAGGCUGGAUCAAUGGAAAACUAUCAUUUUAUGGCAAUUCUGGCCAUCUUUCCUUUCCUAAUAUCAGGGGGCUGUUUCUAUCUCCGUUACAAAAAGCAGCAGAACUCAAAAAACACUGUGCCAGAGAGAAGGACCCAUGAGGAACAGACACUUCAGGUUACCGAACUGGAGGAAGGAAAUGAGAGAAAUGAAGCAGAUGAGAUAAAUUCUUCUUCAUCAAACUCGUCAGAAUGGGCUAUUUCCACACUUUAUGAGUCCCUUGAUUAUUUUGCAAUGAAGCAAGAUGAAGAUAAAGAGCAGGAGAACAAACACUCUGUCGCUUUUGCAUCAAACGCGCAGAAGAUUAGUAAAUCUCAUGACUAACUGCAGCAGCUGGGAAAUCUAGAAGAUGUGAGGAAAACAGCAAGGACCCUCCAUCCACUUUGACAUUCCAGAUUUGAAAGUUCAUGUAAUUAAUGAGACAGAGAGAUAAAACUGGCAAGCCACUGAGUACAAUAGCGUAAUUUGCUUCUUGAUCUCCCAGUGUGCAACUGAAAUGCAGUGAAGUCUGUUUGCUGUCCCUGGAACACCAUUAUGAAAGUGAAGCGAGUAUGGUAAGAGAAGUAAGGUUGGUUCAAAAUAAUGGAGAAAAGUAUUUGUGUUAUUGACUUUCAUGCAAAAUUCCCGGAGUCUUUUGUUGUUGCUGUUUUAAAAGUUUGAUAUCUCACUAUUUACCUGGGGGUUUAUUGUCAUGCAGUGGCUUCUCUUCCCCCCAGUUCCCACUUCCCAGUCUGCAGGAGUAAACAUAACAAUGCGCAAUCAUACUGUGAGCAUUUGCCAAAUUGAAUACCAUCGAACCAUUAAAAGCGUUGCUUCAGGCAAUGGACACUACAUGAUGGUUUAGAGGAAGAUGGAGAAAAAACCCACACUGAUAAUCACCCAGACAGUUGAGCAAUACUGUGCAUAGGAUGAAAUCCUUCCUGACCACUGAGGGGAUCACUAGAUGCACUGAAGCAUGAGAUUUCAUUACCCUAUCUUAGCAUGAGUUAGUAUGCAGGACAGCAUGCUGUCCUGCAUACUAACUACAUCCUAUAUAGAAUAUGACAGUUAAUGCAUUAAAGAAGAUAGCUAGAGCCUUUCUGAGUAAAGGUUUCAGAGUAGCAGCCGUGUUAGUCUGUAUUCACAAAAAGAACGAGGAAUACUUGUGGCACCUUAGACUAACAAAUUUAUCUGAGCAUAAGCUUUCGUGGGCUACAGCCCACUUCAUCAGAUGCAUAGAAUGGAACAUACAGUAGGAAGAUGCAUAUAAAUACAGAGAACAUGAAAAGGUGGAAGUUGCCAUACCAACUCUAAGAGGCUAAUUAAUUAAGAUGAGCUAUUAGCAGGAGAAAAAAAACUUUUGUAGUGAUAAUCAAGAUGGCCCAUUUCAGACAGUUGACAAGAAGGUGUGAGUAACAGUAGGGGGAUAACAUAACAGCAAACAAAUGCAGCGGCUAGUAUUUUAGACUUAUUGAAAAAAAGAGAGAGUAGCUGAAACAUCAGUGUGUUUGUGUAGCAGUCUUUUUUGUCUGCUGUUAAGAUUCAUUCUGUGGACAGGUGGCCAGUGGAUUAUUUUCCCAACAGUGGGCACAGGUAAGUAGACUUCAUCAUUAUGUAAGAGAGAGCUGAUUCAGACGGUUCUGGAGGGUGCCAGCAAACACAGACUGGCUUUUCCAAACUGCCCAGAAACAAUUCUGACACUUUAAAUGUUAUUCAGUAUCUUUUCAAUGAAAAUGGAAUGGUUUCCAAGUAUUUUCUGUGUGUUGCUGUAUGUGUAGAGUGAGAGACAGAGUGUCAAUUGGCAACAGAGCAUCUCUCUGUCUAUCAGUAAAUCUAAAUCUAUCUGUAUUUAACUCAUAUGUAAAUAAAAUCCGAUUUUCUUAGUUA